AUGGGGGCCACCAUCAAGCACACCUUCAUACUGCACCACCGACGCUUCGCGCCUGCCGUGCGGCUGGGGGCGGGCGCUGCCCUGCAGAUCGUGCCGACGCCUGUGGGUGUGCGGCUGGUGGCGACUGUGGCGGGGCUGGAGGGUGAGGAGGAUGCCACAUCCCUGAUGAUAAGGGCGUGCGAGAUGGUGCGCAGCGCGCCGUCACGGGUCGUGGCGGAGGCGGAGCUCAAGGUUGCCCUGGGUCUCAGGAUGGCCAAGGGCCACCGCACGUGGCGCAGGAUCCGCGACAAGCUGAAAAAGGUCGGCGCCGUCGAGGUGUUCGUCGCGCGCGUGGGCGACGCGGGUGCGACGCCCGUCACCUGCCUCCGCCUGCUGCACGACUGGCUGCCCCCCGACAGCAGCGACGAGGACGCGGCGGGGGCCGGCGAGGAGGGGGACGGCGGGGAGGACGAGGAAGGGCCCGAGGGCGAGGGCGGGGAUGACGAGGAGGAGGGCGGUGGCGGCGGCGGCGGUGGCGAGCGCGACGAGGCCUUCUUGGAGUGCAGCAUGUCGCAGGCCGUGCUGGACGCCGUCUGCGAGGCAGGCGAGGGUGGCAUCAUGGUGCCGCAGAUCGUGCGGCGCGUGGGGGCGAUGGUGCCCAAGGCCCUCACCAAGAUCACCGUUGACCUGGUCAAGCGCUACGGCCUUGAGGCUCAGUACGGCAAGGUUGGCAAGCAGGUCACCAACCGGCUCACUGCGCCGCCAGACCUUCUGGCUGCUUGGCGCCGCCAGCGCGGCAUCGUCCCACCCUUCGGCGCCACCACCCCGAACCCCGCUCUCCGCGCGGCCUUGGCGCCGGCAGCAACGGUCGCUGAAGGCGCGGCGGGGCGGCAGAGUUUAGAGGCAGCCGAGGGGGUCCGUGGCUCGCAAACACACGCCGGCAUGCACGGCCGCACGGCGCGCGGCGGCAGGCAGCAGCGGCAGGCGGCAGAAUCAGAUGAUGGCUGGAACUCUGAGGCCGAGGGGGAGGCGCAGCGGCAGCAGACAGGGUCAUUUGAGGCAGGCGAGCAGCAGGCGCCCGUUGGCGGCAGAGGUCAGGGGCGCGGCAGGGGCCAGGGGCGCGGCGGCCGCAGCGGGCGCGGCGGGCGCGGGCCUGGCGGCCGCGGGCGGGGCGCCGCAACGGCAGCACGGACAGCGGGUGCAGGCAGCGGCGGCGGCGGUGACGAGGACACUGCCAGUGCUGAUGACGUCACGGCCCCGGGCUCGAAGACCACCGGCGCCGGCACCGACGGCACCGGCGCCAGCGACGGGGCACCCUCGGCCCGGCGUGCUACGACCGGCGUGCGGCACAGCGCGGUGACGGAGGAGAGGAUCCGGCUGCUGACGGCGCUGCUGCAGCGGCGCGGCUUCCUGCUCAAAGCGGUGCUGGACAACACCACCGCCGCGCGACUUGUGCAGCACAUGGCAGAGCGGGGCCUGGGCACGGCGCACCAGAUCAAGUGGGCGCCCAUGGCGGAGGGCAAGCUGGCGCGGCAUAUCGAUUUUGUGGUGGCGCCAGGCCUGGAGGUGACCCCUGACCUGGAGCGGGAGGCGCGGCCCUCUGCCGCCGCUGCCGCGGCGGGCGCGGCGCCUGUGCCGGUGGUUGAGGUUGGGGGCCUGGUGUCGGCGGACGUCUACAAGUCGGACCCCUCCCUGCGGCGCCCGCAUUACAUGAUCCGCGAGGACGAGGACGAGCGGGAGCGCGGCCGCGCCCGCAAGCGCCGCAAGGCGCAGCGGCAGCCGGGCGUGGGCGGCGGGAGCGAGGGCGGCAGCGUGGAGGCAAGCGGGGAGGGCAGCAGCGGCGACGAGGGGCCGCGCAACAUCAAUCUGCCGCCGUCCGGAUCUAACACCGCCCUCACCGACAACGGCUUCAUCCUCGCCCGCCUCACGCGCGCCAAGCUGCUGCACGGCCUGCUCUGCCGCCUCGUGGGCCUCGCCGGCCACGCGCCCGCGCAGGACGCGGCGGGCGGCGACGGGCCGGACGGCGGCAGCGGCGGCGCGGCAGCCGCAGAGGGAGCGACGGAGGAGGAGGGCGGCGCGGAGGCGGACGGGCGCUACGUGAUCUCCUUCUCUCAGCUGUGGAGCAGCAUGACCCUGGAGGAGGCGCUGCAGCUGGCUGGCACGAGCCACGACGUGCCAGGGCUGAUCGACCUGCUGCUGGAGGGCACGCGCAUAGAAGACCUCACACAGGCCGAGCAGGCGCAGAUCUUUGACCGAGGCUUCAAGGCGCGGCUGCUGACGGCCAUCGACAUACUGCGUUCCCUGAAGCUGGUGGACAGGGUCAAGGGGGAGGGCGCCGUCGGGGGCCCCGGGCAGCAACAG